AACAAGCUUGAACCAUAUCAAAUACAGGAGUCUCCUUGGCAGAAGAGACAUUUGAACAAAUCCCUGGACAUGAAUCUUUUCAUUUGUGUCCUACUUUUAUUCAUUUGGACAAACAGUUGUUUAAAUACAAACCAAAGUUAUGAAUCUUCUACUACAGGAGCUAAGCACGGUGAACCAGUGGAGAAUAAAAUGGACGAUGUCAGGAGACGUCUACUCAUUAUCGUAAUUGGCAUUAUGAUCACAUCUUUUGUCUUUACCUGUUUUUGUUUUCUUCAUUACAACUGUAUGAGUGACGAUGCACCCAAAGCCGGAACGUUCAAGAAAGAAGAUGUGACAGCCAAGCCGUUCAGAUCAUCCAAAAUAUCACUCAGUCAAUCCAAGAUAGCCACUCCAUGCAGUGUAGAAAAACAAGCCAUGUUACCCAGUACAGAUAAGUUUUCUGGGCCCUCAAGUCCAGAAAAGUCAUCCAUGCCAUCCACCGCAGAGAAGUCAAUCAGGCCCUUAUAUCCAGGAAAGCAAUGUUUAUCAUCUAGUACAGAAAAGUUAAACAAGUCAUCAAGUCAAGAAAAGUCAUGUAGGCCAUCAAGGCAACCAAAAAAAUUGAAGUCAUCCUACCCAGAAAAGUCAUAUAGAAUACACAGUCUAGAAAAGCAAUAUAAGCUAGCUCAUGCCCAUAAGCUAGGUGGUCAGGCCUGUUCAUCCUAUUCAAAUAAGGCAGUGAAGCCACCUUGGCCAGACCAUCUACAAUAUCCAGACAGGCCAACAAAGCCAUCUUGUCCACGAAAGCGAAAAUUGCCACCCAGGCGAUCCAGUUUUCAGAAAUUAACCAAAUCUCCCAGAUAUCGUAAUCUAAAAAGGUCAGUUAGUACCGAUAGGGCAUGCAUAUUAUCUAGGCCUCAAUUAAUCAAGCCUUGCCGAUGCUGUAAGGAAAAAUGCCUUGUUUGCAGAGCUUCUUCUGAGCCUUUGGUCAAUGUUUCUGAGGCAAUGAAUGGAAAUGCUCAAAACUCACCUUUUCCAAGUGAAGCAACAUCCUUUUCCAAGUUCUUUCAUAAGGCAGAUAACAGAGACAAUGCACUCUGUGGCAAUAUGAGUAGCAGUGAUUUGAUGACAUAUGACAGUGAUGACAGUGAUAGGGAGGUAACCAUUAUUUGCAACAUAAAAUGCAAUGAGGCCAUCCUUAAAGAUGCCCAAGAAAAUUAAAGACUCAAUAAAAAUAAAAACCACCUGUUAAGAAGCAUACUUAUACCAACUAUUUUAUGCUCAUCAUCCUUUAAAACACCGAUAGCUGAACAUCUAUUUGCAAUUGUUAAGAUUAGCCCUAUCCAUCUUGGAAGCAAUUUAUUUAAAAAAUACUAAUUAAAUGUAUGACAUAACAAA